UUACCGGAAGCUGCUUGAUGUAACUCUGGCUGACUUGACAGUCUGGAGUCUCUGUUCCCACUCUGCGGUUGCUGCUUGCUGUCAUCAUGCAGGUGGAAUCUGCGCAAUGUAGCUCAGCGUAGGGAUCUCCAACAAGACACAUCAGCCUCACCGGCCUCCAGCGAUCACACUCUGUGACGCUGGACUCUGGAGAGCGAACUGUAUUUACCGCUGGAGAGGAACCAAUCAACAAGACUCGGGAAAUAAACAGCAAAAUAGAGGAUUUUUUUUUCAUCUUAAACUUGAUGAUCAUUAGUUAAUUGAGAUAUAGCAGCUUCAUUGAGAUGAUAAUACAGCUAAAUCAGUAAACACGGAUUUUUCUCUGCAUUACUCUGCUGGAAUAAUCAUUCACACGUUGCUGUGUUGAUGCUGUCAAAUUGUUUUUCUCUCCUGGCGCAGUCCAACUCAGCUGGAGUCGCAUAUGAUGCCAUACAAUCCUAUAGGAAGUGACUCUCGCAGCUUGACAGGCAACAAUUUCCAAGAAACGAAAAGGACGUAAUCUUUGUCCUGCGGAUUUCUUCGUUUUUUUUACGCAUGACCACGACAAUGGAUGAAGGCAUUGCUGCCAGCGAGACCAUCCCAGAUCUGAAAGACAUAGAGGUGAAAAUCGGCCGGAAGACCCCCGAGGGUUUGCUCAGGUGGAUGCGGGAGGAGGCGUCCUCUAUCCGGGGAGAUGCCAAGCUGGCCACCGCGCACGAUACCAGUAAGGAUACGGGGAAGAAGAGUUUGGAUGAAAAGAUCAAGAAAUUGAAGAUGGAGAUGGCCCACUUGCGUUCGGUGGAUGUGAAGAUCCUGCAGCAGUUGUUGGCAGUCCACGAGGGCAUCGAGGCGGUGAAGUGGCUGCUGGAGGAGCGCAGCACGCUGACGAGCCGCUGCAGCAGCCUGACCAGCAGUCAGUACAGCCUGGGUGAGGGCCCUGACACUUCCUGGAGAGGCUCCUGGAGCAGCCUGCAGGACCCCAACGACAAGCUGGACAACAUCUCUAUCGGCAGCUACUUGGACACCCUGGCGGAUGACAUGGAUGAGUACUGCCCCUCCAGCUCGGAGUCGGUCAUCUGCUCCUCCACACCACUGGUCUUAGAGGCUGCUGCUGGGGGCCGGAUAGCGGGAGGCCCCGGGGCCAUGGUUACUGCGGCUAUGACUGGAGUGAAGUCUAUUGGUGCCGGGGCUGGAAGUGGAGUUGGAAUAGGGAUUCGGGCCGGGGUAAAUGAGAAUGGAACUGUGGCUGGAAAUGGGACAGAGGUGAAAACUGGACCUGGGACUAUGGUUAUCAGUGCUGUCAUUGGGACUGGUAUUGCUGGGACUGGAACAGGGAAACCAGCAAUUCCUGGCAGCUCUCCUAAAGCCAAGUCUGAGGGGUCCAAGCAAGAUCCUGCAGUCUGGACCAAGGCUGCAGAGACCGGUAAGGGAAGCCUUGUUUCUAAGAACAAUACUCUGACACAAUCCAUUAAGGCUAAUGGCAUCCUGGAAAAAACAACUACACAAACAGGCAGCCCAACCCGCCCCUGCCUCAGCGAGAAACUGGGGACGAGCCAGAGCCCUAAACUCAAACCUUACAAAAAUGGAAAGAUUGACUUGGAUACUUGCAAAAUGAACGGCAAAAUGCAUCUGGAGUACGACGCGCACUGGCGGUGGGUGCAGUCACAAGAAGAUGUGACUUUUUUGUAAGAGGGAUAAUAACAGAGAGAGCUAAAGCCACUAUUGACCGCUCCCUCUGUAAUAUCAAAGACCAGAUUGCUGAAGGUAGAAUGAACUGCUGUUGUGAAAUGCACAUAGUGAGGCUUUCCUCGUUGAAAGACACUGGCUUUGAAAGACAAAGAAUAACGUUUUGUUUAGUUGUUCCCUCCUGCGACUGCACUAACUUUCUAUACAACAUUGAUGUCAGUAUUAAGGUGGAUGCACAUUACAGGAUUUUGACCAUAUUUAGCCAAACAGGGCUGCCUCACACAAACUUAGGAAAAUCAAUUUUAAAAUCCUGUCAUAGUUUUUCUCAGGGUCUUUCUUGGCAUUCCCUGAUUUUUUCUUUUCCUUUUCUUUUCUUUUCUUUUCUUUUUGUUUUGUUUUAUUUCCUGUAUAAAUAAAGCACAGAUGACCUGCCGGAGAGCUGAAACAUGAUUUCAGAUUGUUUAACAUAGUAUAUCAAACAAUGUAAAUUAGAAGAUUUGAAUUUUGAUUUGACCUCCUGCUGUUUAUGCAGAAAAACAAUUUCCCAUAAACCACAUUUUCUCUACUUUCACUCACUCCAUUAUUAAAACCUAGGAGCACAACAAAGAUUUCUGGUCUCCAUAAAUAAUAUUGCUCUGGGAUCUCCUUAAAGAGGAUGUAUCAUGCAUACUUCCUGGUCUGUAUUUUUCAUCUGGAGCUCUACUGGAAUAUCUUUGCAUGAUUUACAGUUCAAAAAACUCCUCAUAUAUCUACUGGCUCUUUAUGCA